CGAGAGUGUGCGGAGAAAAUUGCGACGCUAUGGCUAAGAACAUCAGCGUGGAACUGCUGAGUAGCAAGGUUUGCACUCUGCCAGUACGGCCAAACAUGACGAUCGGAGAAUUGAAAGAGGAAGUGAAGGAUGAACUCACCCGGAGACUCAGCACCGUGGAGCCAAAGUGCAGGUUAUCUUCUACAUCAAGCCGGCGCUUGAGUGUGUCAGCAGAAAGGCUGCCUUUGCUUGUUGCGACUUGUCAUCCCGAAAUCUGUGACUCAAAUCGGGUCUGGUGCGUUUGCUGGCUGCAGCUCAUUGACGAGCCUGACCAUCCCAGAGUCCGCAAAUAUUACAAUGGGAGAGGAUGCAUUUCGUGACUGCAGCUCCUUGAGGAGUUUGACCAUCCCGAAAUCUGUGACUCAAAUCGGGUAUGGUGCGUUUGAUGGCUGCAGCUCUUUGAUGACCAUCCCAGAGUCUGCAA